AUGACAGACCCUACACCUUUUAACAAGCUACAAGGCAAAGUGGCUAUCAUCACCGGCGGCCCAAGCGGCAUCGGCGAGGCUACGGCACGUCUCUUCGCCGAUCACGGUGCACGCGCCGACGUUAUAGCCGACAUCCAAGACGAGCUGGGCCGUGGCGUCGCCGAGUCAAUCGGCUUACACCGCUGCAGGUACGUUCACUGUGAUGUAACUGAUGAGCAGCAGAUCGAAGCGAUGGUGGAAUCGACGGUGCAGAUGUUCGGACAACUCGACAUCAUGUUCAGUAACGCUGGGAUUAUGAGUAAGGGCGACCAAACCAUGCUGGAGUUGGAUCUGUCAGCUUACGAUAAGGUGGGUGCAGUAAACGCACGCGGCGCGUGCGAUGGUGGAGGGUGGAGUUAA